AUGAUCCUCGAGAAAUGUCAGGGGCUGACUGUGUUCCUGGUGCUGUCUGUGCUCCUGAACGUGGCUUUUGUGGUGGAUAAGAUUGUGCUGGCAGUGAGAAGACUUGGAGAGAUUCCAGUCACACCCAGGAUUCCAGAGUUCCUGGCCUGUCCCGAGGCCUGGGUCGGGUACAACAGGGUCUGUUACUACCUCUCGAGGGAUGAGGGGACCUGGGAGCAGGCUCAGGAUCGGUGCUCCGAGCUCGGGGCCUCCCUGGCCGUGCUCAGCGACAAGGAGAUGGGCUUCCUCUUCCGCCUCAACGACAGCCUGGAUUACUGGCUCGGGCUGCGGAGACGGGGCGAGAGGUUUCAGUGGGUGGACGGCAGCAGCUACAACUCCUCGGUCCCCAUCCUCGGUGACUCAGAGUGUGUGUACCUGGGCCACCGGCGCUUCAGGAGCGGGCUCUGCUCGGCUCAGCGACCUUACCUCUGCAACAGACCCCAGGAUCACCUGGAAUAAACGGUGGGAAGGGGACCUUUUCCUCCAUCCUGAAGACUCAACAGCUUUGCAUCUUCUCCCAGCACACCUCAGCUCUCCACCGGCCUUGCAGUUGUUUAUCUGCAUCGCCUCAGAGUUUGGUGCCGCGGAUACCUCAGUGCAACCCCUCAGGGUCACCUCAGUGCCUGGGCUGAAGGAGAUGAGCCUGCAGGGAGGGGAGAUGAUGUGGAAGCCCAUGUGUGGCUGCCUGGACUGGGGACUCUGGGUUUCUUUGUCCUUCUAGAACCAUCCCAGAACUCAUCCUGCUUCUCUAACAGUCCACAGUUGUACCCUAACCCUGUAUACAUGUAUGAUGCUGCCUAUCCGGAGUGAAGCAGGAGAUCCCACGUUCACUUUUGCAAUAAAACCUUUGGAAAUCCC